UAUCAGUAAGACUAGAUUGCGAAGACCUGGCAAAGAAGUAAGUCUCAUUUAUUGAAAUUAUACUGUAUAUAACUCGAAGAGAGCGCACAGGUAUAUAUCAGGCACUAUUUGUUAUUCUAUACUUACAAUUGUUAUUCCUUAUAAUUACUUACUAGAUCGAAUAAAAACCUAUCAAUAUUCAUUGAUUUAUACGGUUCCGUGUCUCGCGAUCUAACCGGGAAGUUUAUUUACCCUGAUGAUCCAGUUUCAGUGAUGUCAGUGAAUAUGAAUGUAAAGUUUAAUACCUGGUACCACAAGAAGUCAGAUGGAUCAGUUGAAAUCAUUGUUGAAGCAAUUUAUACAAAAAUGGUAUGUGGUUAUUGCAAAGUGUUUCCAUAGGCAUAGCCUACCGAAUGGAAGAUGGCUGUGAAACUCAUUAGAAUAACAGUAUAACUCAUUAUGAUGUUAGUCAAUGGUUAUUUAUAAAUCUGGUCGUUUCACCAUCACAUGUGUAUUGUAUUUUUACCAAAUCCACCAAUAGCAAUUUCAAGUUUCCCCCUAUUGUUCGAGUCAUGGAUAGGUGACUUUCCUAAAACAUUGCUAUGGCGUAAAAAAAAUUCCUGAAGGACCAGAUUUAUGAAUAAACGUUGGCCAACAUAGAUAAUGAGUUAUAUUGUUAUUCUAAUGAGUUUCACAGCCAUCUUCCCUUUGAUAGGCUAUUGUGUAUGGCACCAGAGUGACCAGACAGUUUAAUGGGCUCUGAUUUGGAGGCAGAGCCUAUUAUAGCUGACCUUGGUAUAACUAUCAGUCCCAAAUUAACAUGGAUAGAUCAAGUGAGCAAGGUGCAAAGUCCAAAGCUAACGAUCUGCCUGGAUUAAUUAUGCGGUCUACAUUGGAGAUGACUGACAUCAAGGCGAGAAAGUAUCUGUACUUAAAGCUAGUUCGAAGCAAUCUUGCGUAUGCAUCCCACGUAUUAUGUCCACAAUCUGUACACAGUUAAUUCAAAAUAUUGAGAAGAUGCAGAGAGGGGCAAGUACCAAGUUUAUUAUUAAUCUUGGGUUUGUCACCAACAUACCAUAUCUAUCAAGACUACAUAAUCUAUACCUACUACCCAUAACUUACUGGCACGAGUACCUGGAUAUAUUCAUACUCUAUAAAAUCAUUAACAACAUAUUGAUGACAGUGCUCGGCUGGUUAUAUCAGGAUCAGGAAUCACUAGAAGUGAAACCAACAACAAUUGAAUUAAAUUAGCCUUUCUCACACUGCCAUUUUUGGGUGGCUUUUCAGCCAAAGUCUGUGAGAUAAGUUCACAUAACAGCGAGUUUUUAUAUUUUUCUGGACAAGUGAUGGUAAAUUUGCUUUGUAAAUGGUUAGUUUAUUUUGAAAAAUUGCUUUUCACAUUUUUUUAAUUGUCUGUAUUGGUUAACAAGUAUCAGGGGUGGAUUUAUAGGGGGUUCACAGGGUUGUACACCCCUGUUGGCCCUAGUCAACAGGGGUGCAAAGGGAAAACUUUUUGAAGUCAAACUGAAGCUCGCAAUUCAAUGCCCAUAUUGCAGGAAAUGGCAUUUCUAGGGUUCUACAACCUGAUGCUUUUCCACAACCUGAUGCUGUUUUAAACUGUUGUUAGUUGUUAGUUUAGCCGUUUUGUAAUUGUGUUGUUCUACUUAGAUUCUUUCGUUAGUCAAUUAUUUGAACAUAAUUUUUAUGUAAAUAAAGGGGUCGCCAUAAUUAGGGGAACUGUGGCAAACUUCCUUGGCAUUACAUUAGUUGCAGAAUCUCAGAAUCUUAUUAAAAUUUAAUUAUAGUUGCAGAAUCUUAUUAAAUUAUAAUGUAUACUCAUUUAUCAAUGUACAUGCUCUGAAAAUCAUCUUCCACACCUGCAAAAGUGUGGGGUUUUAUGAGGGCUUUAGACAGAAAAACAUAUCACAGCAUUUGGUUGUGUGUGUCAAAACACGUACAUGUACAUUUUACUGUACUGUGCAAACUACUUAAUGCAUUAAUGCAUUCGUUUCUUUUUACAGAAGUAUAUUCUAAACCGCACAACUCCUUUACAAGAAUGUACAAUACCUAUUAAUGAACUCGAACUACCAUUAGGUGAUGCAGAAGAUGAGGCAAAGUAUGUUCUUCAUAAAAUAUUUGGUUACAGUGAUUUCAGGCAAAUGCAAAGAGAGGCCAUUGAAACUAUCAUUGCAAGUAAAGAUUCACUAGUAUUGCUGCCAACCGGGUCUGGUAAGACUGUAUGUUAUGCAAUCCCAGCUUUACUCAUGUCUGGUGUUACAGUUGUCAUAACACCACUUUUAUCAUUACUAAGUGAUCAGGUGAACAAAUUGAGAGAAAGAGGAAUAAAUGCCUGUUACAUAAGGUCCAGCAUGCCUAAUGAAGAGAAGGAGUCAGUUUUGCAUGAAAUGACACUGAAAGAUACAUGCUAUAAACUUUUCUAUUUAACACCUGAAGCAGCUACCUCUGAAAGGUUAAUGAAGCACUUUGAUCAAAUGAACAAAGUUGGUGUUCUUGGCAGAUUUGUGAUUGAUGAAUCACAUUGUAUAGACACGUGGGGUUCAAGUUUUAGACCUUCCUAUGCAGAGCUUGGCUGCUUACGGGCAUUCAAAAGGCCAUUUCAUGCUUUCACAGGUACAGCUACUGUACGAACGUAAAAUGUAAUUGUAGAAAGGUUACACAUGGAAGAUCCAGAUAUUAUUAAGAUGCCAUCUGAAAGAAGCAAUCUGUUCUUCAAAGUGAUCCCCCAAAAUGAUCAGAAAUCAAAGGAUGAUGUUGUAAAAUUAAUUAUAGAUGAUUUCAGAGAUAAAUGUGGUAUUGUGUAUUGUAGUACACACAGGGAUACAAAAGAUCUGGCAUUCUUACUCAAGACAAGAGGUAUAAGUGCAGUCCACUAUGACGGAGCACUUGAUGACAUGGAAAAGGAACAGAACUCCUCUGCCUGGUUAAGUGGUAGAGCUAAAGUUAUGUGUGCCACCAAGGCUUUUGGGAUGGGAAUUGAUAAACAAAAUGUACGGUUUGUAAUCCAUCACACCAUUCCUGAAUCAAUGGAAGAUUACUUUCAGGAGGCAGGGAGAGCGGGAAGAGAUGGUUUACCAUCAACAUGCAUUUUGAUAUAUACAUUUGAGGACAGAUUAAAAAUUCUUAAUUUUAUAACCAGGAUAGAAGAUCCCAAUCAAAGGUCUCUUCAAAGCAAACUUCUAGACAGUAUUGUGAAAUAUUGCAUGUUCAGUGACUGUCGAAGAGUUUUCAUGUUAACAUACUUUGGCGAGAACCCAGUUAAUCUUAAACCGUGUCGAAAUGGAUGUGAUAACUGUCAGAAUCCAAAACAGUCAGUUCCCAAAGAUUGCACAGAUAUAAGUAUUCAAGCCUUUGACUGCAUUACAUCGAUGAGCACCAGUAUUACAAAAAUAUCUUUAAAACAAGCUGCAUUUACCUUGAAGGGUUCAAAGAGUAAGGAUAUACUAAAAAAUAAUUUCCACCUGGUUCCGCAGUAUGGUCUUGGAAAAGCAAAACUGAAAUCUGAAAGACAAGCUAUUAGAUUCUUCCAGUUACUAGUUGUAGAUGGGUACUUAGAAGAAAAUUUGCGGGACCACACGGAAAAUACAACAACGCCAUUUCUGACUUUGACAGGUAGGGCGUGCGAUGUUAAGAAUGGACUAGAAAUAGUAGUUUUAGAUUUAUGACAUUAACAGUUUGAAUUAUAUGUACAUUAAUCCUUCAAGUGGCAAUGCGCUCAGAUGCGCCCUACUUUAUUAUUUUAUUCUGCCUAAUGCCAGACAAUUUUACUAUUCAGAGGGAGAGUUCUGCCACUCAAUGGGUUAAUCAGACUAUCUGCCCAUGCGGCAAUGCGCCCCGAUGAACCCUACUUUAUUAUUUUACUCUGUCUAACGCCAUACGAUUUUACUCAUCAGGGGAAGAGUGCUGCCACUCAAUAGGUUAAUUUAACUUAUACCAAAUUGACUGAAUGAAAAAUACAGAAGAAACUUUUUAUAGUUUAUUUAUAGUGUACAGUAACUGUUAUCCACAAUCGUUUGAUUCAAUAUAAUUAGCACCUCGUAUAAAGGCGGUUUUCCAAUCCUCACACGAAGCUCCUCUAAUUAAAAUUAACGGUUUAACAUUGUGAUUGGAUGAAAGUGUUCAUGCAUCACUCGUCAUGCGAGGAGAUUCGUGCGAGGACUGGAAAUCCGCCUUAAGGGCGGCUUUUAAUUGGAGAAAUGUUUAAUGAUUUCCAGCGUUUAUUAAAAAAUUAUGGUUAGGUGGCUCCCUACAGUGGAGAAU